AUGGACAGCAUCAAGAACAAGAAGAACAACAACAACACCAUGAACAGCAAGGCAACGGAGAACACGAAUAACAACAACAACGACAUCAGCAUGGCAAAGUGCGUGACAAACAAGCCCAGCUGCAAGCGUGCGGUAGAGCCGAACCCUCUGCUGUACAAGGCUGCAGCGAGGAACCUUCGCGAUGUGCACGAUGUCCUCUCCAUGACGGCGGGCGGCCUGGAGAAGACCAUGGUCCUGCUUCAGCUCCGCCCCGGCCGCCUCGUGGCGCAGGGACUUGCCCCAAAGCAGCUCCUCAAGGGAAAAUCAGCAGCUGACGACGCUGACGCGGACGAUACCGACAGCAGCAGCAGCAGCAGCAGCGGAUCCGAAGUCAGGGCAAGCGGACAACAACCGGGUCUCGGACGACUCGAACAGCAACAGCAGCGACGGCACCGACACCGAGCACGACCACGUUGCCAAAANAACAACAACAACGACAUCAGCAUGGCAAAGUGCGUGACAAACAAGCCCAGCUGCAAGCGUGCGGUAGAGCCGAACCCUCUGCUGUACAAGGCUGCAGCGAGGAACCUUCGCGAUGUGCACGAUGUCCUCUCCAUGACGGCGGGCGGCCUGGAGAAGACCAUGGUCCUGCUUCAGCUCCGCCCCGGCCGCCUCGUGGCGCAGGGACUUGCCCCAAAGCAGCUCCUCAAGGGAAAAUCAGCAGCUGACGACGCUGACGCGGACGAUACCGACAGNGUGCGGUAG